AUGAAAAUAAGAGCUGCUACAGUUGAAUCACUAUUAAGACAGCUGAAUAACGACAGCCGUCAAAUUCAGCUGUGGGAUGAGCUCAAAACUUGGCAGAGCAGUCUCGGGCUGUACAAGACUGGUUCCGCAUCCGACUACGAUACGACUAUAUACAUGUAUCUGACAGCGUACAAUGGUGGAACUUUAAAGAGACAAACUUGUAGCAGUGCCUUGACGAGGAGAAAAAAUGCCAACUCUAACGAUGGUUUAUACAGCCGAUUCCUCCUUUGCAUGCCAAAACCGGAAUUCAGAGAUGCGGAUUUAAAUGAAGAAAUCUUACCUAAUACCCAUAGUCUGGCCAGAGUUUUCUAUGUGGUAGAUCAAACACAUAAAAAUAAAAGAUUCUAUAUGUAUGACAAUGACGCUCAGAAAUUGGCUGUGAAGUUCUACAAUGAGCAACAGGAAUUCCUUCGGGAAAACCACAGCGCUGAUACAUAUAUAUCUGGAAUGUUGGGAAAACUGAAAGGACAUACCCAGCGCCUAGCAAUGAUAAUUCAGGCAGUCCUUAAUGCAGCCGAAUUUCUGGUAUCUGUUGGAGAGUCGUCUAACCAGCCAAUCACGUCUGAAUUUCAAGACAUAGUAAAGAAUCGCCUCUUCUUGCCUACUGAUGUUGAUAACAUUUGUUUGAUUAACACGCAAAGCACAGAAAAAUCCAUCAACCUUGCAAAAUAUUUCAUGAAUCACAAAAAGUAUCUGUCUGGAUAUACAGCUGCAGGAGUCCUUGAGCAGUCUUGCAAUAUCAUUCCACAACUAACAAGAAAGAUCCUUCUUUAUCCAGGACCAUCCGUUCCAUGCAACGCCAUAACAAGGAGCACGAGAAAUACGGCUGAGCAAGUAAAAGACGAAAUGAAAUCUUUGUGCGAGCAAGGACUUGGCGAAACAAAACAUGAAAAGCCGCAAGGUGGAGGGCGACUGAUUUUCACUUUCAUAAAAAAACCCACCCAAGACAUUUCUCUUGAAAGUACCAUACAGAUGACAAACACUCUUUCCAAG